ACUAUACAGACAUCAAUGGUGCUGAUUCAUGCACAGCGUGUCCAGAUGGGUACUACGAAACCGGUAGUGGUUCAACCAGUUGUACUAUCUGUCCAUCAAACUAUAGGUGCCCUGUCAAAAGUGACCCCCCUGUGGCCUGUACCGGAGGAUUUUAUUCACCAGAAGGGUCUACGGAGUGUUCUAGCUGCCCUCCAGGAACAGCGUGUGGAGGAGACUCUGCCCCUGGGUUGUGUGAGCUGGGCAACUACUCCAACGGUACCCACUGCGUCCCAUGCCCAAUGGGUUACUAUUGCCCGUCACCCGUCGGCACCCCUCAGACAUGCCCAGGCGGGUCUUAUCAGGACCAAGAGGGGCAGUCAAGGUGUCUUCUAUGCCCAGCUGGCCAGUCCUGCUCAGGUUUGCCCAAGUGGGAAAUGGAGUAACUCUGCAGCCUCAUCUUGUAGUCAGUGCCCCGCUGGUCAAACCUGCUUGGAUGGCACUAUACCACCUACAGAUUGUGACGCGGGAUACUACGCAGCAAAGGGUGAUGGGGAAUGCUCGCUGUGCCCUCUAGGAACCUAUAGUGAUACCCAGGCCUCAUUGUGCAUAGCAUGCCCAGCUGGCUCCGUCUGUACUGACCCUAGUAUGACACCUGUUGCAUGCGGGAAUGGAACAUGGAGUGGUGCUGGAGAGGCUGUUGCUUGUGAAGAUUGCCCCGUUGGUUAUCAGUGCCCAGACCCCGCUCAGCCCCCAUCAGUCUGUCCGUUUGGGUCGUACUCCGAGGCUAGGCAAGAUUCCUGUUUAUCCUGCCCAGCUGGACAAUCAUGCUUGAAUCCAGGAGACACUCCUCAGAACUGUGAUUCAGGAACCUACAGCCCACUGGGAAGUGCAAUCUGUUUCCAAUGUCCGGCCGGUUUCUCCUGCUCAAGCUCAGCGUCAACCGAGUGUACAGCGGGAACAUACAGUGUCUACGGAGACGCAGAUUGUCACGAUUGCCCCGCCGGCUCCUCGUGCCCAGUCAAGACGGAUGUUCCAGUACCUUGUGAUGUCGGUCAGCAUACUGAUGGGCUGGCAAACCAGACGAUGUGUAGCGAUUGUGCUGCUGGAAAAUACUGCUCAGAUCCUGCCUUAGCCCCCCAGUCCUGUUCCUCCGGUACCUACAGCCUCGCCAAGUCCACCGAAUGCACAGACUGCCCCAGUGGCUACGAAUGCCCCACCACAAACCAGCUCCCUGUGGUGUGCUUGCCUGGGUACUACUCUACUGGAUUGCAAGUGAAUUGCACGGCUUGCUUAGCGGGAUACGCCUGUCCAUCCACCACGGAUCCCACGGCUAACUUUGAAUGUCUCGCUGGUACGUACUCCCCCGGUGCUCAAUCAUCGUGCACAGCCUGCAUGCCUGGAAAGUAUUGCCCAGAUAUCACUACAGGUGCUUCUAAUGGUGAUUGUUCUGUAGGGUAUUAUUCCUAUACAGCCUUUGCUCAAUGUACAAGGUGUUCUGCAGGAUGGAAAUGCCCCCACGUGGAUGGGAGUGGCAACUCACCCUGUAUACCUGGGACGUACUCUACCGGUAAUGCUACAGAAUGCAUGGACUGUCCCGCUGGUAGCUCAUGCCCAAGGAUAGACAGCGAUAGUCAGGUUCCUUGCAGUGCAGGCUAUUACUCUGAUGGGAUGCAGCAGUCCUGCACAGCUUGCCAGCCUGGUUAUGAAUGUCCCGAUGCUACAGACUCUAGUAUGAACAUGCUAUGUAUGUCUGGAUUCUACUCGGUUGGAUCUCAAGCUCAGUGUUCAGAAUGCCCAGCUGGUUCUGCUUGUCCGUCAAUCUAUAGCAGCUUUCAGAUCUUAUGCUACGAUGGUUCUUACGCUUUGGCAGCUUCGACAAGCUGUACUGAAUGCCCUGCAGGACAGUUCUGCAACGACACUAAGACUUCACCAGAAGAUUGUGCCUCAGGAUAUUACAGCUUGGGUGGCCAGGUAGCCUGUACUCCAUGCCCCCCUGGCUACUACUGCCCACAGAAAGACAGUGGGCCUAUCAUCUGUGCAGCAGGGACCUAUAGUAAUCAGUCUAUGGAGGAAUGUGUAGACUGUGAUCCAGGCUAUGCUUGUCCUGAAGGAAGCUCGAGUAGAAACCCAACAGAUGGAAUCUGCCCUCAAGGAUACUAUUGCGAGGAUGGGUUGACAGCUCUUGCUUGUCCAGAAGGAACGUUCGGGAACAUGUCUGGAUCAUCAUCAGCAACAGAGGGCUGCGCAACAUGCCCACCAGGUUACUUUUGUCCCAGUGAUCCAGUCGUUGGGACACCAGGCGUGCAAUACCAGUGCCCAAGAGGUUACUUCUGUCUAGAAGGAACGACUUACUCGACGGAGCAUGGCUGCGAUGGUGGAACGUACGGAGUCAAGCUGAUGGCAGAUAAACAAGAGGAUUGUCUGGACUGUCCAGCUGGAAGAUGGUGCCCUCUUGGUUGCAGUGACCCACGUGUCUGCCCUAGGGGUCACUACUGCCCCCCUAAGACCCAGAACUACCUCGACAACCCAUGCCCAGCCGGGACAUUCACUGAAGAGACCGGCGCCUCCGCCCAAGAAUCCUGCAAGACAUGUCCUGAGGGUUAUUAUUGUGAGGAAGGAACGGACACCCCUCUGGCUUGCCCACAGGGGACAUUCAAUCCGUCCGUUGGGCAGGAUGCUGAGGCGGAUUGUACAGCGUGUACAGCUGGAUUCGCUUGCACCACGCUUGGAUUGACUGAGCCAGACACAUACUGCUAUCCUGGGUACUUCUGCCCCCAAGGUAGUGACAGCCCUAAUGCGACAGCUAAUGCUUGCCCGGCAGGCACGUAUACCGACUACCAUAACCUAACAGCAGCCUUCCAGUGUGACAGCUGCAUUGAACAAUUCGCCUGCUUGCUCGGAACCGGAGGCCAACAGAAUCCCCCAGUGCCAUGUGCUCAAGGCCACUACUGUCCGUCUGGUACCCAGAACCCAAGCCAGUUCCCCUGUGCAGCUGGCUCAUGGACCAACCUGACUAAUCUAGCUGCUCAGAAUGAGUGCUAUGAAUGCCCUCGGGGUUGGUUCUGUCUGGAGGCAUCUACGACCCCGUCUGACCUCUGUGCUACAGGACACUACUGCCCUGCUGGUACCCAGACAGAAGAUCAGUUUCCUUGUCACGCUGGCUCGUACUCUAACAUCAACGGUAACAUCCGAUGGGAACAAUGUGAGGAUUGUACAGAGGGACACUACUGCCCGGAAGGAUCCUCACUACCUACACCAUGCCCUCAAGGGACGUACCGAGAAGAGUUAGAAGGCCAAGCCGAAGUAGACUGUUCAUCAUGUACUGCUGGUUACUAUUGUAAUAAUACAGGCAAUGUGGAGCCGGUACAAUGUGGAAAGUCCCUGUACUCGGACACCGGUGCUACUGAGUGUACAACCUGCGAGGCUGGCUACUACUGUGACAGCGACACCACGACUCGAGACAACAUGUAUGCAAAUAAGAUCUGCCCGGCCGGGAUGACGUGUGAUUACGGUCGCACCAUGGCACCUGAUCUUGACAAUGACGCCUGCAUCACAGGACAUUAUUGCCUUAGUGGAGAUAAGGACCCCUUCCCGCGCCCCUGUCCUAACGCAACCUUCAGUGAUGAAAUUGGCUUGGUGCAGGAGUCUGAAUGCCAGAUCUGCCCGUCUGGUAAAUGGUGCUCGCCACCAGGUCUCAGUGCUCCGGCUGCAGAUUGUCCAGGUGGUCACUACUGUCCAGAGGGAACCGCUGACCCUUACGCUAAUCCAUGUCCAGUAGGGUACUACCUUAACGCUAGCGCCGGUGAGGACUCCCAGGGCUGUACACCGUGUAUCUCUGGUUACUAUUGUGACGAGAAGGGACUUGCAUGGCCAAAGAUAUGCACACAGGGAUACUUCUGCGUAUCAGGCAGUACUUUUCCUCAGCCCUGCCCGGCAGGUACAUACGGUAACUCCACUGGACUACGUCGUAGUGAGGACUGCUCUCCAUGCCCUGGUGGUUGGUAUUGCGAUGGAUUCAACAAUGUAGAACCAACAGAUGUAUGUGACCCAGGAUUCUACUGCAAAGAAAAGGCCUACACUUCGGCCCCAGUGGAUGGAGUGACUGGUGGUCUAUGUCCACCUGGAGGCUACUGUCCAGCAGGUUCAGCUUGGCCAGCCAACUGCCCACUUGGUACUUACAGUAACUCAUCAGGAUCCAAAACACCGGAUGAUUGUAUUGCUUGUGAUCCAGGGUACUACUGUGCUGGUGACAACAACCCAGCCCCAACCGGACCAUGCAAAGCUGGGUACUACUGCACCGGAGGAGCAGGUACCUCUAUUCAGUUCUCAUGCCCCGCUGGGCAUUACAGCAACGCAGGAGCUUACAAGCCAGAACCAUGCCCAAGGGGACAGUUCCAAACGGCCAACGCAUCGUCAGAAUGCAUUCCCUGUGCCCAGGGUUACUACUGCUUAAACACCGGUACCACAGUCCCACUGACAUGUUACGAGGGUCACUACUGCGAGACAGAAACUAUAGUCCCUAGGCCAUGCCCAGAGGGAACCAUGAGGCAAGAGGAAGGUGGUCAGAGUUUAGAAUCAGCGUGUAUCAGUUGUACUGAGGGUCAUUUCUGUAAUGAUACUGGUCUUACUGAGCCAGCUGGACAAUGUUCCGCAGGUCAUUACUGCACUGGAGGUACCAUCAAGGCAUUCCCAAUGGGGAAUGGUACGGACAAUGGAGACAUCUGCCCCAGGGGUUACUUCUGCCCCUCAGGGACUGCCAAUCCAUUCCUGAACCCCUGCUAGAAUGGAACAUUCGGUAAUAUCACAGGGUUGACUGCACAAGAUGACUGCUUGGACUGUCCACCGGGGGAGGUC